AUGGACCUGGCAGAGUUGCUGGAGACGCUCCCUCACGAGCAACGCCAAUAUUAUGCCAAGUUGGUGCAGGCACGAGAGGAGGUGACGCGUACGACAGCCAUCAUGGAGAGAGUCUUGGAUGGACGCGAGGCAUUUGCUGAGGAUGCCUACGAGCUACACCGAGAAAUGCAUGCGGAUGCAGCUCAGCAGCGCCCGGACGGCUUUGCAACGGCACCCGACUACCCCUUUGAGCUCCCAACUGCUCCGUUGGCCCGCGCGUCUGAUCUGCAUCACCGUCUGGCUGACAUUCAUUUCAGCAUCCCGGACGAGGAUGUGAGACCCCGUGCUCCAGCCCCGGACCCCAUUGCGAACAUGUGGCAAGGCUUUGAUCCCAACGACUACUUCCCACCAGAACAAGUGCGAAAGGCACCACCCCCGCCACCACCCAAGGCUCGACCCGUGCGCCCGCCUCCUCGUGUGGCCAGCUGCACGGCUCCAGUGAUCACUAAAGGCAUGAUCGCCUACAUGCAAGAAAAAUCGGGUCGUGCUGCCGCUAGUGAAGCUGAAUGCCAGAACGCACCGCAGCCAACAACCAUGCCAGCCUCAACAUUGCAAGAGCGAAUGCCCCAUAUGCUUGACCAACGCUUGCGCCAAGCAGAAAAGUUUACGACAUUGCGUCAAACGUGGCGCGAGAAGCAAAAGGCUCAUCAACAUGCCCAAGCCCGCCACGAGCGUCUCAAAGAGGAGCGGGAAGCUCAACACGCAAACUUCAAGGCUGCGCCGCCUCCACGCCAGAUUCUUCGCUCGGACAAAUACGCCCAGUUACAGGAACAGGACUUUUAUCGAAAAAUCAAACUGCGCAUCCGGGCCGAAGAAAAGCUCAAGGCAGCCAAAGCCCCAGGAGCCAUGGAAGAACGCGCCUGGGUCUGGGCGGAGCGACAGGCAUUGCGCCGAAAGUCUGAGCCUGUCAAUCCAGUGCCUGCACACCCCACUACUCCCGCCUCGACGCAAAAGAAGGCUCCGACGCGGCCCGUGCCAUUUCAUCUUACAGCAGCCCGGGCAAAGGCUGAUGUGAUUGCGGAGGCCCGACGCAAGGAGAAAGAAGCGCAGACAAAGCCAGCUACGCGCUCGGGUCAGUUAACUCUGUUCUGUGUCCUUGACCAGUUUCUGUGGGAAGGAACGAGUCAAACGCAGGUUUAUGGUGCGCCUCACGAUGCAACCGGCCUGCCCUCAGAAGACGCCAAGAUCAAAGCCGUUUUGGCGCUGGCCCGCGCAGGGCAGGAACCAGAGUGCCGCAUGACACGGGCUGCUCAGCUGCGGACCAAAGCUAAUCUGGCGCGGCUGGAAGCUCGUGAGGCCGAGCAAAUGACAGCGGAAGCCGAGCACUCGCUUCGUGCUCGAGGCUUGCAGCAACGAGCCCGUCGGCUUCGCGCUCAGAUGCGGCAGGAGGCCGAGGAUUUUGACCAGCGCACUGCGCAGUCACGUAUUCGCAAGCGUCAGCUUGAGGUCAGUGACACGGAGAGCGGUGAGUUGGGUGUGUAUGAGAGCGCCCCCCAGAACUCAGCCUCCACAAGCAGCUGUAGCACCCCACGUUCGCCAUCGCCAGCUACUGUGCUCGAGUAUGUGGACCAAGCUGGUGCAGCAGAAGCUCACGGCAGCUGGCCAGCCGCGAGUUUGUCUGGCGCCGGACAGCGAGAUCUGCAGUUGGAACCACACGAGGACUUGUAUGGCGUCCCGUCUGGGAACGCUGCUUCUGCCGUCUCGGUUACGGGCUACUUUGCAACAGCAAAUAGCGAAGGCGACGACUCGGAUCUCUCGGGCUCGAUCAGCCUGGUGAAUGAGAGGAUCAAGUUUACAAUACGAGCACACUCUGCACUUUUGCACACACACACACACACACACACACACACACACACGGAGAAGAUGGAGGAGACCAAGCUCCUUCCUCCGGUGAUGGUCAAGGUGACCCCGGCCAUGCGCGAGGUCGCCGACCAGCUCAAAUGCCAAUCCGUCUUUGCAGAUGACACGGUGGCGUGGUCGGAGGUCCUCGACCUCAAGGCGCGAGCUCAAAAGCAAGGCGUAUCGCCUCCCGUUUACUUGCAUCGAUUGAUGGUCAACUCGGAGAUUGUGGAGAAAGGCUACCAAGCACCCGAGCCGCAUCCGGAUCUCGUGGCUCGACGUGAGCGUCUCAAGGCCAUUGUAGCUGAGCGCGAGUAUCAGCGGAUGGUGCGCCGCGUCGAGGGCAGCAGCGCCGACUAUACCAGCAGUCCCUUGGAAGUCAAGGAGAUUGGCCGUCAGCUGGGCGUCAUCUUUAACAUCCUGCUGACGCUCGUGGCCUGCUUCUUCUUUGGGUUUUUCGCCUCACAAUAUGCCUUUCCAAACGUCGCCUGGCCGUAUAACUCUCUACCUUUGAUCGUUCAAGCUCACGAGCAGGCCUGUCCCGCUCGCUCCGGUCAACCCAUUCCAGCGCGUCUUGUUUGUGAGCGGGCUGAAUCAGAGCAAGCCAACCAACGGCAAAAUCCUCUGGGUGCUGGCUCGGGAGCUUCAACACCCAGGGCGGCCCUUCAGUCGGCCCCCAAGAACAAGAAGCUUGUUAGCAUGGAUAUCAAUUUGAAUCGUGCUCUCAUCACACAAUCCACACCAAAAGCGGAGCAUCGUGUCCACCGCAUGCCCCAACAUGAAGGCUCAUCCAUUCUGAACACCAAUAGCAAGCCGAUGGGCGCCGGCAACUACUACCUGGCCAUCAUUGGCGCCGAUGAUAAGCCGCUGUAUGAGUCGAGUUUUGGCAUUCUGAAUGAAUCCAAUGAGGAUCCUGAGAAGAGGGCGGAACGGGUCCUGUCUUAUCAGCAAGUAGCGUUUGCUGCGCUUGACAGUAUCGAUGAUGAGGCCGGACGAAAUCCAAGCACGUUCAUCAAGGUAGACCACCGCUUUGAUGAAUGGUCCAUGCAAGUGGCCGCUUGCGUCACUGCGACCAAUAUUCGCAUUGUGCUUCUGUACGACAGCCGCUCCGAUGAAGGCGUCAAGGCCUUUUUGCAAGAGAUUCACGAGCUUUAUGUCAAGGAUGCCAGUCUUCCUAGCAUGUGUUCCCUCUCUGAGCCACAAUUCACCUUUGACCGUCAUGCUCAACCCGCUUCGAGCACCUGGUACCCCGAUCGCUGGCGUUGCGUUUGA